AUGAAUAAGCAAAAUGAAAUUGUUUACUUCUCUGCCAUAACAAAAAGCUUAAAGAAGUCUUCAUACUUUUUGCGAGCAGAAGUGUACUUACCAUACCAGUUAUUUAACUCUCUUGAAAGAGAGGACAGUCAUUCUAAAGCUUCUAAUAAUGCAAGUACUUCCUCAUGGUACUCCGUAAGCAACAUUAAAGAGAAAGUAACCUGA